AUGCAGGUGCCCUUUUCCUCCCCAGGCGAGCAGUGCGGGCGCCCGGGCCGCCCCGUGAACGGCACGGUGUCCACGUCGGGGCGCUUCUACUUCCCCGGCGAGCGCGUGGCCUACAAGUGCCUGGAGGGCUUCGUGCUCUUCGGCGCCGACGAGAGGACGUGCCACAAGAACGGCACUUGGAGCGACGAGGUGCCGCUGUGUGACUUCAACCUGGCGCGGGGCAAGCGUGCCCUGCAGAGUGCCACGCUGUGGUCGUACGUGCCCGAGAUGGCGGUCGACGGCAACCCCGACACCUGCUCCUUCACGCCCCGCGGCCCCGACCCCCGCUGGUGGCAGGUGCACCUCGGACACAAGUUCAACGUCAUGAGCGUCGGCGUCACCAUCAGCCCAGGUUCCUUCCAGGAGUUCACCAUCUACGUCAUCGAGCUGCUGACGGACAACAAGGCGCUCUACAAACCCUGCACGACCUUCAAGGGCGUGUUCCAGACGCACAAGGCCAUCUUCCAGUGCAACGACGGCCUGGGCCAUCCCGGCCAGUUCGUGUACAUCCGCGACGACCGGGAGGAGCAGGAGUACUUCGGGCUGUGCGAGGUCGAGGUCUUCGCCUUCAGGGAGCGCAUCCCUUGCGGCGAGCCGGAGGUGCCUGUCGAGGGCGAGGUGGAGCGCGAGGGCGAGACCAAGGCCAUGUACACUUGCCGCGCCGGCUUCCGGCUGGAGGGCGACCCCGUCCUCACCUGCUCCUCCAAGGGCAAGUGGGAGGGCCAGGCCCCCAGGUGCAAGGAGUCCCAGUGCCCCCCUCCGGGCCACGUCAGCCACGGCUUCAUCGAGGUGGCCAACUUCCGGGGCGUCUACGGCUACGGCACGGUGGCCACGUACAGCUGCAACCCCGGCUACGUGCUGCAGGGCAACAGCACCCGCACCUGCGACCACUCGGGCAAGUGGACGCUGGAGCCGCCCUCGUGCCAAGCCGUGACGUGCGGGCCGCCGCCGGUCUUCGCCAACGCCCGCUACACGCUCCUCAACGGCUCCACGCACUGGAACGGCAUCGCCGUCUACUCCUGCGCCGACGGCUUCAGGCUGCACAGAGACACGGGCGACACCGUGUCCACGUGCAUGGACAGCGGCAGCUGGAAGUUCAUCAACGUCACCUGCAUCCCCGUGGAGGCGGCGGCGACGGCGGCGGGCGUGCGGCGGGGCAGCGGGCGGGCGCUGACAUUCGACCAGGACGCUGCGGGCGCGGCGGAGCCGCAGGGCACGCAGGGCCUGGUGGUUGCCCUGGCCAUCAUGGCGGGCCUUCUGACGGCGGCCAUGCUGGUGGUGGGCGUCCUCCUGGCACGGCGCCACCUCAUCUCCGGCCCCGGGUCGCUGCGCUCGCUGGUGCGCUCCUCGCCCACCAAAGACGCCACGCUCUACGGCGCCAUGGUCGGCCCGCGCCACCACGACGUCUCCAACACCGUCAGCGCCAGUAGCGUCGCCGGGACCACGCCCAGCUCCCUGGGCCCCAUGGGCGGGCCGGGCGCGCCUCCGCCUAGGGGCGCGCUCUUCCAGCAGAACCUGCUGGCCAACCUGCCGCUGCGGCCGCCCGACCAGCACAGCCUCGCCGGCAGCCACGGCACCGCCGCCACCGCCUCCGAGCUCGACGACGACCCCAACUACGCGCAGAUCCCCGGCCAGGAGCCGCCGUACGAGCGCGUGCGCACCCGCUCCGAGCACAGCUACGAGACUCUGCGCAAGAAGAGCUUCGCGUCCGACCUGGACAGCGAGGCCGGCAGCGCGCUGGACGACAAGGACAGCGUGGGCUACGAGUCCCUGAAGGACGCCAAGGGCAAGGACUCGGGCUACGAGACGGUCAGGGAGAAGGACCACGACUACGAGACGGUCAAGAGCAAGGAGCCCGGCUACGAGACGCUCAAGGGCGCGGCGGACCACGGCUACGAGACGGUGCGCGAGGCGGGGCCGCGGCACCACGGCUACGAGACGCUCAAGCCCAAGCCUCCGCCGCCCAGGACUGAGGGCGGCGCCGGCGAGGGCGAAGACACGGUGCCGGACAUCCUGCAGAACCUGUCGAGCGGCGCCCAAGGCGGCGACGUGCCCCCCGAAAUCAUGGCGCUCUACGCCCGCGUCGACAAGACCAAGAAGCGCCGCCGCGCCGCCGCCAGCGACUCCGACAGCCCGCUGCCGAGCGCGGCGAGUUCCCCGACGCCUCCCGACGCCGAGAUCCCUCCCUCCUCGCCGAGCAGCGACUUCAGCCACGCCCCCACGAGCUCUGGCGUGAGCAGCGCUUCCGCCCACUCGCCCGUGUGCCCCAGCAUCAGCAGCACCAGCAGCACCGCCAGCAUCAGCGAGCCGCCCACUGACGUGAGCUUCGUCAGCGAGGCGAGCGCGCCGGCCGCCGGCGCCCAGGCGGCGCGAGAACUGAUCCGCAAGUUCAACCGCCUCACCAGCGACGAGGAGGCGCCCUUCCCGCGCAGCCGCCAGGGCAGCGUCGCCAGCGACACGGGCAGCCUGCGCCCCCUGCCGCCCCUGCCCAAGGACAGCAGCUCGCCCACGACCCCCUGAGGGAGUGAGGCCAGCCACUGGCGGUCCCCGGGGCGAGGUGUCCCGAGGGUUUGCCUCGAGAGCAAAAUGAAAAAAGAAAACGGACUCGGAUGUGAAUUCGAAAGAACAGUGAAGCGAAAGGCGUUCUUUGCAUUUUACGUGACUUGUGCGAUGCACUGAACUGACGAGAAACUGGUUCAC